CAACCUUCUUCUUCUCCUUCCUGUUUUGUUCUUUGGGAUUGCUCUGCCAAAAACUUGGCCAUCGAAAGACGAAAAUGAAUCGAACUUCACAGAUUUCAGUCCGCAAAUGGAUUUUCGAACACCCUUUUAACCAAAUUUCAAAACCCACUUCUUCAUUUUCCCUCAACUCGUUCACAACCGACUCAACUCAACGCGCCGCCGACACAGCUGCUCCGUCGCCGAAACCCGGGAUACCCAGCUCGAUAAUCUCAAACAUCCACCGUUUCCUCCACCCGACUCUCUCAAAUGCGUCGACCCAGCUCUCAGCUCGCCAGAAUCUGAGGAAGUAUAGUGGCGGGUCGGGUGGUGAGUUGGACCAGAAUAAAGAGGUGGACACGAUCAAUCUCAAGUUUGCAGAAGCAAGGGAAGAGAUUGAGAUGGCUAUGGAAUCCAAAGAGACUGUCUAUUUCAACGAAGAGGCCGAGUGUGCUCGCGCGGCAGUGAAGGAAGUUUUGGACUUGUUUGAAGGGCUUUUGGCAAAGGUUUCGGAGAGUGAGAAAGCGGCAUUGCGGAGAUCAAUGGGGCUUAAGAUUGAGCAGUUGAAAGCUGAGCUUCUUCAGCUUGAUGAGUGAUGAGGUUUGUGGAUUUGGGUAACUCUCAUACUUCAUUUUGUUGUACCAAUUUUUUCAUGGUUUUGUUGAUGAUACAUUUUUUUCAAGGUAAUAAUAGUUUAGUUUAGAGGUGAAAGAACUUGUGCUGCUUAACCCAUAUAAGUUUCAUAAUAAUGUCAUUCUGGUAUUCUUCUUAAGGAUGUAAUGUGAAGACUGAGACAUACUAUAGCAAUGAAAAAAGGACUAAGUUAUUCA